CUGAACGUAAGCUUCGGUAGCCAGAUUCAGCCAUGCGUAUUGCAGUAGUUCUAGUUAUCUUAUACGCCGUAGUUGCCGAUCCAAUCGGUUAUGGGGAUGCGGGUGGACACAGUGUCGUUUAUGUUCAGAAACACCAACCGGUCCAGCAGUACGUCCAUUAUGAAGAGAGUCCAGGAUACGGGACCCACAAACACUCGUAUGGCUAUACACCAGCAUACGGCACCCAUAAACAGUCGUACGGCUAUGCACCAGCAUACGGAGUCCAUCAACAGUUGUACGGCUAUUCACCAGCAUACGGUGAUUACGGUGACUAUGGACAUACAGGAUAUCAGCCCGCAACUUAUGGCGGAUAUCAGCCCGCAGCUCACGAUGGAUAUUCGGGUGUCCCAUCUUGUGCCUCGGAUGAAGCGGCAACGUACUGCCUCGAAGACAAGGACUAUCCAGCCUACGAAAUCAAAGCAGCCAUUCAUGAGCAUCACUACGAGUUCAUUCCACUGUACGCAGAUGUAGCUGCCCAAUCAACAGCCGAUUCUGUAGAUCGUCUGGAGACCUUGCCAGAAGAAACUUACUUGUGUCCGUCCAACACUGUAUAUGGGCGCCCUCUACGAGCCAAAAACACCGACGGCAAAUGGCGUAUCAUAGUCAAUGUUAAAAAGUAUACCCAAACUACUCGAAUUGAAACGUGCACGAAACCAAACACCCCCUGUCCAGUUGUUCCUCAUUGUUAUCAGUCAACCUGUGUCCAGAAGAAUAUAUAUCAUCGUUUCCUCAUUUUCGAUCCAUAUGAUCAUUACUACCCUUUCAAGAUUGAAUCCUUCCGUCUGCCAGCCUCCUGCGCAUGUCUUGUUGGAGCAUACGUAAUUGAUCACUAAAACUUCGAAUGGGCAGUUCAGCAAAGAAC